UGCUUCAUUCUCACAAGCUAAAUUGUCUUCCUGUCUGUUAGAAACACCAUGAGUGACCAGGCCUCUCUUUAUUCACCCCUGCAUGGAUCAGAGGCAGGCGUUAUUUCUCCCUCAUCACUUGAGUCUGCAGAAUGUUGUCAAGAACACGAGGAGUACCUGUCCUUGUUUUGUCUGGAUGACUUGGAGCCCUUAUGUGAACAAUGUGCAGCUGACAGCCACGCAUGCCACAGGGUUUACCGUGCAGCUGAGGCCGCCAUUGACUGCAAGGAGGAGCUUAAAACAUCUCUAACUGGAUUAAACAGGAAGAUAAAAAACUUCGAAGAUGUCAUUCAGACCUGCCAAAACGCAUCAAAGUGCAACCAGUCCAAACUCACAGAGGAGAUGAUGAAGGGAGAAUUUGAGAAACUUCAUCAGUUUUUGAGACAGGAAGAAGCAGCCAGGCUUCAUGCGCUGAAGGAGGAGGAGAAAGAUAAGAUAAGGAAGGCUGGGGAGAUGAUAAGAACACUGAAUGAGGCGAUGACACCUCUGGAGGACAAGAUCCAGCUGACUGAGGGGGAGCUCCAUGCAGGACGAGAAGGAGUUGAAUAUUUACAGGAAUACAAAGAUACAAUGAGUAGCACAUGUUCUGGUGACACAGAGCCUGAGAGGAUUAACAGACCUUUAAUCAAUGUGGCAAAACACUUAGGGAAUCUCCAGUAUGCUGUUUGGGAGAAGAUGAAACAAAUCGUUCCCUAUACUCCGGUGAUACUGGAUCCCAGAACAGCAGGCCAGUCCGUGAAGGUGUCGUCAGAGCUGAACGGUUUUCAUAUUGCCCCCGGACCGUCACAGAGAGCAGAGCAGCACGUAAAUGAGGCUGCUCCAGCCAACGCUGAACGCUUCCACCCUCAUCCCUGCAUUUUGGCAAGAGAAGGCUUUAACACAGGGGUACACUGCUGGAACAUUGAGGUUGGCAAAACAAACAGAUGGGCAGUUGGUGUAGCUGCUCCAUCAGUGCUGAGAAAGUCCAAAUGUGAAGCAUGCCCAGAAGCUGGACUCUGGUGUAUCAGCCUCAAGGAUGGAGAGUACCAAGCUCUCACGACUCCCACUCAGACCCUCAACCUCAACAGCUCACAUCACCUCACCAAAGUCCGCGUAAGACUGGACUGUGAAGUAGGGACGCUGGAUUUCAUUGAUGCUGACACAGAUGGACCACUUUUUACCUUUACACAUUGUUUUACAGAAACAGUCUAUCCUUAUUUUGAGAGUAUGUCUUUAGGCGGAUGUGUUGCAGUGUUGAAACGGAGAGUGAAGAUCCGUGUGGACUCAGAUUAUGUCCCCCUUAAAGACACUGUUACAGUUUUGGAGGAUCAGGCAAUGAAAGGCAACCCUUCCACAGAGAAAGUUAUUGCAGCGAACCUAAAGCAAGACAUGGACACUGAGCAUUUGAGUGAGGACAAGAAGUCAAUGGAAAUGUGUUAUUUGAAAGAGGAGAAAUUAGUAACGCCUAAUGAAAAGGAGAAGACAUCAAACACCAGAAAUGUUAAGAAACAGAGCGGAAAAAGCAGGUUUAAUGAAAGCUACCAUGUUUCACUGAACAAAGCCCUGAAUGACACUGACUGUUGAAACUUCAGGUAAAUCCAAAUUAAUGCAAUUAAUAAGAAUCCUCAUCUGUGUGUUAAAUAAUAGAGUCAGCCAAAUGUUAUUUUUAAGAGGAGAUGUAACAUUUUGUGUUUUGUGUUGUUUUUUUGCCACAUGAUUGUGGAGUUUGCAUUGUUCGCAUGUGCAUGAAGCAGUACUACAAAAUGAAAUAUAUUCACAGCAAAUAUUCCUAGUAUCCUAAUAUACCUGAGCUGUUCCACCAUGGAGAUCAUGAACUUCACAUUUAUGAUUUUGUUGAAAUGUUGUGAUGGAAACGUCUGAACCUAAAAGUGUCAAUAUAUUUAGUAAGAAUCCCUAAGCCUUUACAAAACACUUCUAGCAGAAUUGCAACUGAGAGCAUUAUUCAGAGAAGCAGCAAAGAAGGCUUUGUUAACUCUGGAGGAGUUGCAGAGAUCCACUGCUAGGGUGGGAAAAAUCUGUCAACAGGACACUCCAUAAAUCUGCUCUUUGGGGAAGAAAGCGUUUACUGAAAGAAAGCCAGAGGAAGUUGAAUGGGCUGCACAGUGUUGUAGUGAUUAGUGCUACUGCAUGCAGCAAGAACAUCUCAGGAGCCUAUCACUCACUGCUGAAUACCCCACCCACUGCAUAUUUAUAGUGGUAGUCUUGGUUUGCUUAUUAUCAUUUUACUUUUCCUUAACAAAUCAUGGACUUUCUUCCUUGGGCUAAAAUAUAAAUGUGUAACAUAUUUUCUGGAUCAUUGUUUUUAAAAUGGCUUAAUGGCUAACAACUCACAACUGGAGUUUUGUUUUCAGAAUACAUAGCAUUGUGUGUAUGGUGUGUAAUUAUUAAGUACAUACAUCACUGGAGAGUGGUGUAUGUACUGUAUAUUUUAAUACAACUUUAUCCUAC